AUGUCAUCCAAGAGUGCCCAGCCACGGCCCCCUGAUGAGAGGGCCGCUCCAGUGGGGGUGGACGACGUCAAAAAAGUAGGUAAGGGGCGUGGGGGGACACUAGCUCGCGGUCAAGGCCUAAGUAUACCUGGGUAUAAAUUUACCACCACUGUUGUCAUCUUGUCAAAACAACAAUCAGUUGACGCCAACUUCGACUGCACACCAUGGCUACUCAAGAGACUCAAGACAAGAAGAGGAACAGGAAGACGAACUGGACGCCUUCAUCUGGCCCACCUAUAUAAAAUUCUCGCAAAAACACUCCGGAGCGACUUCUCCACAGCUGGCUGCUCUAAGGAAGCCAGAAAUGCUGCUUGGAGGAGCAAUAGUGUGGAGGUGUCUGCCGUGUCAGACAUUCUCCGCACUGAGGAGUGCCAGAAACAUUGGCAUAUUAUAAAAUCUGAGGCAAGACGGAACACCCGCAAGCAGAGAGAAGCCAUGACUGCCACAGAUGGUGGACCUCCUGCCAACCCUCCUCUCUCCCAGCACAAUGAGUUAAUCUGAGAUUUUGGACCCUAAGAAUGUCUCUAUUCAUGGGUGUACCAAUAAGGCAAGCAUCAUUGAAUGCACCUUCCUUAACAAAGGAUAAGCCACUUGUAGAUAUAGCAAUAUUAGGCCAUAAUGUUGUCUCAAAUGUCUGCAAUCCAAAAUACUCGUUCCCAUUUAGUUUACAACUUAGAGUUAAACACAAUGGUAAAUUUGUUAUCUAGUGUUGAGAAAAUUUCAUUUUUUUUUUUUUUAUUCUUUAACCAAACAGCUAAUAAGAAAAAAAAAGGAUGGCUUUUUGUAUAUUUUCCCUCAUAACUUUGUCAAUUUUUAAAAUAUGCAUAAACUUGUAUAUAUAUUUCAAAAGAGGAAAGUUUGUUCUACAAUUUUUACUUCGAUGCAUUUUGUCAUGGAUGCCACUAGUUCUGAGGAAUAUGUCUUUGAAAAUAAAAUCAGCAAUCAAAAUUUAA